GGGAGGUUUUCGUUAGUUGAAGCUAAUAAUGGAGUUGCCGGAGAAUCCUAAUAAGGAUAAUAACGGCUACGAAUCGGCAGAGAAAAUAAUCCUACGGUGGGACUCAACUGCAUCGGAGGAUGCAAGAGAGAAAAUGAUCUUCGAAACAGAUCGUCACGAAGCCGAUCUUUACCUACAAGCUGUCGAUGAAAUCCAGCGGUCCUUAUCCAACGCAUCAAUUUCCGCCGCCGCCGCCUAUGACCAAUCAAAAGUCAACUCCACGAUCCAGAUCGCAAUGGCUCGUCUCGAGGACGAGUUCCGCAACAUCCUCAUGACUCACUCAUCUGCUUUGGAAACCGAUUCCCUUUUCGAUCCCUCGUCGUCUUCAUUUUCCUCAUCUUCUCACCACGAGCUCGAAGAAGACGAUACAGUAAGCAACGAAGAUAGCAGCCACAACGGUCUCCUUCAUUUUCAGUUUCAGCACUGUGAAUCCUCCGAUAGCUCCACUUACCGGUCUACGAGCAGUAUCCGAGAAGUGGAUCUGAUGCCAGCGGAGGCGAUUUCCGAUCUGCAAGCGAUUGCGACGAGGAUGAUCUCGUCUGGGUACUUACGCGAGUGCAUUCAAAUGUACGGCAGCGUCAGGAAAUCGGCCAUGGAUUCGAGUUUUUCGAAACUCGGAAUCGAGAAACUCAGUAUCGGAGACAUCCAAAGACUCGAAUGGGAAGCUUUGGAGAGUAAAAUCCGGCGUUGGAUUCGAGCCGCCAAAGUUUGCGUUGGGAUUUUGUUUGCCAGUGAGAAGAAGCUUUGUGAGCUAAUUUUCGAGUGCAUCGGAACGGACAUUGAUGAUGCUUGUUUCAUGGAAACAGUGAAAGGUCCAGCAAUUCAGUUGUUUAGUUUCGCUGAAGCCAUAAGCAUAAGCAGGAGAUCCCCUGAAAAGCUUUUCAAAAUACUCGAUUUACAUGAUGCAUUGAUGGAUUUGUUGCCCGACAUCGAGGCGGUUUUCGAUUCGAAAUCAUCGGAUUCCAUUCGAGUUCAGGCUGCCGAGAUUUUAUCAAGGUUAGCCGAGGCUGCUCGAGGGAUUCUAUCCGAAUUCGAAAGCGCAAUCUUAAGGGAGCCCUCUAGAGUACCUGUCCCUGGUGGAACUAUCCAUCCUUUAACUAGGUAUGUGAUGAAUUAUAUCAGUUUGAUAUCUGAUUAUAAGCAGACUUUAAUCGAGCUUAUAAUGUCGAAACCAUCGACGGGUUCGAGGUACUCCGGUGAUCAAUCGAUCCCGGAUAUGGAGUUUGCCGAGUUGGAAGGGAAAACUCCUUUAGCUUUGCAUUUGAUUUGGAUUAUAGUUGUUUUGCAGUUCAAUUUAGAGGGAAAGUCUAAGCAUUAUAGAGAUGCUUCUUUGGCACAUUUGUUUAUCAUGAAUAAUGUUCAUUAUAUUGUUCAAAAGGUUAAAGGGUCACCCGAGUUGAGGGAAAUGAUCGGGGACGAUUAUUUGAGGAAGUUGACGGGGAAGUUUAGGCAGGCGGCGACGAGUUAUCAGAGAGCAACUUGGGUGAGUGUUUUGUAUUGUUUGAGAGACGAAGGGUUGCAUGUGAGUGGGAGUUUCUCUUCCGGCGUGUCGAAGAGUGCGUUAAGAGAAAGGUUUAAGACUUUCAACGCCAUGUUCGAGGAGGUUCAUAGGACUCAAGCGACAUGGUUGAUACCCGAUACUCAAUUGAGGGAGGAACUAAGGAUUUCUAUAUCCGAGAAGUUGAUCCCGGCUUAUAGGUCAUUUCUAGGGCGUUUCAGGAGCCAUAUAGAGAGCGGAAAGCACCCGGAGAAUUACAUCAAGUAUUCGGUCGAAGACUUGGAGACCGCCGUGUUGGAUUUCUUCGAGGGAUACCCUGUAUCCCACCAACAGCUGAGGAAGAGAUCUCAGUGAAGAAGUGAUCUGAUGUAGUUUUGCGGUGGUAGAA